CUGUUUUGCUUUCAGUGCAGUUUCAUAACAAAUCGCUCCGUAUCGUGCACUGCCUUUACUGUUUCUAGUGAAAUUCUGUGUAGUUUUGUUCCUUAUUCACAGCAAAAAUGGCCCUGUUUUACGUUGUGGACUACACCGAUUCCAUAGACCAGUACCGGCUUGGCCAAACCCGCGUCAAAAAGCGCCACAAAACUGAACUGGACAAAGACACAGGAGUUCGAGUUGUACACACGGAUUCGAUAGAUUUGAACCACUUUCUGGCGGAUCUCGAAUGCUUCCCGCGGUACCGUUUGAGAAUUGCCAAUGCGUUGCUGGAUUUCUGUCCGGAACGCCAGAAGCUUGCAGUUAAGCUGCAUCCCCCUAGCAGGGAACCGAUCGAUUACGAGUGGGGUGAACGCGCGAACCGUAUACUUUGGGAGCGGAUAGAGCUGGACGAGAUGAUGUCGUGGCUUUCAACCCUCGGAGGGGCCUUCUCCGCGCUGGGAGAUUACAAGCUGGCUUGCGCGGACGUCGCCGGCAAGAUCUCCCUGCAGCAGAUGAGGUUCGCACUGCGGCUGGGCGAACCCUCGCUGAUUGCGCGCUGCCGUCUGUACAUGGCCAUUUCGCUCAUCCAAAAGUACCAGUUCGGGGCGGCGAAACGCAUCGUGCAGCAGAUUUACCGCGCCGAGAAGCGCCAGUACGAGCCGGACACGCGCCUGCUCAAAAUGUGCCUCGGAAUUUGGUCCAAGCUGCGCUACGAGUACGAGCUGUACCAGAAGCGGCUGAACCGACCCAAGCAGUAGAAGUGGAGGAAGCUAAGAUGGUGGCGGUUGAACCGUUUGCUGUGGAUUUAUCACUUUUUUUUGGAUAAGGAAAACUUUAGUCAUUAUUAUUGUAAAAGGAAAUUUCGUUGUAAAUGAAAAGCACUUUUUUCACAAUUUCA